AGCUCCGCGAAUCCGCGCCUGACGGGAGGCUGCUUUGCAGAGCAGUCGGGCGGCAAAGGGAGAGCAAGUCGACGUUUCCCCCCUUCGAAAGAGGGGCAUCCCGCCGUUGCCAUGGAGUCGUCCAAUUCCUCCAAGGGGUGCAUGGAACAAUUUUCCAGCUUCGUCCGCUCCCGAAGGGGAAUGUUAUUCGUCAUAGAAAUAAUUGCCUGUAUCAUCAUCAUUAUCUGCUAUGGGGCAUCCAGGUCAUAUCCCUACACAGGUUUGGCAGUCUUCAUCUUGAUUUACUGCAUCGUCCUGUUUAUCAUCUUCAUGUUAGGAUUACACCUCCAAUUGACUUUCAUCCACUGGGGAUGGACGACUUUUAUCCGUGCUGUUAUUGGAGCAGUGGCCUUUAUCGUCACCGCCAUCAUUGUCCUUGUUAGCCGCCCAGAUGGAGCAGCCGUGGCUGGUGGGGUGGCUUCAAUUCUGACUGGAAUCCUCUUUGGCUACGAUGCAUACACCAUCUUGCCUUCUAUCAGGAAAACCCAUACAGCAGCUCCCACCGAGCCUACAGAAGGGAUUUGAAGACACCAUCCCUCUUUCACCUCAAGACAAAAUGCCACACUGGACCCAUCACCUAUUGCCUUCUAUGGGAUCUGUCCCCAAGAGACCACCUCCCUGUAUCAAUUUGGCAACACCAGAGCCUGUUUUCCAUGAGUGCCCAGUAGGACUGAUUGUCGUCUGACUUGGCAGGUCCUUUCCUUUUGUCUCCACUUUAUGAGACUGUUUCAGCAAUGGAAAACAAGGGCAAUUCUGGAAUCCUUCAGGGAAAUUGCAAGAGCCCAGUAAAGAUGGAUUAUAUAAGUUUAUGACUAUGGAUUGCAUUGGAUUGGGAGUAAUUCCAUUUACUCUCUGGUUGAGAUGCAAAAAAAAAAAAGCCUUUUCGUGAUUAGUCCUAUUAGUAGAAAAUGACAGCAAAGUGCAAAUGGACCCCACUGGACCUUCUCAUUGGGGUCUCUGUUUGCCCUGCAGACUCCAGGUGCUUGCAUCCAGAUUUUCUAGAUAACAAGCCACUAUUUUGCAAUCUAGUAACUAGGACUUUUUCAAAAGUUUGUAACUUUUGAAUUCAAGAGUUUGAGUUCAAACCCCAUGAAAAGGCAUUUGAAAUUUCACUAACCCAUCUUAAAUACCCAUUUAUGAUAAA